AUGAUUUAGUGUAGUAAUGUAAUAUCAAUAUCCUAAUUAAUAGAACAACAGAUUACUAUUGACAGUUAAGAGGAAGUAUUCAUAUACGACAAAACCUUGGAGAAAGAAGUGAAGGUUCCAAAGUUGAGAUAACCAAUAUUCAAUUCUCUCGUUUAACGAAGAAAGUUGUAGAGAUUCGAAGAUAAUGUUAAGUUAUAAGAUAAUUGA